AUGACUUCUCAAAAACUAACACGGGAGGAAUAUCUCAGCAAAGACUUUGACUACACAAAGUUGACAAAACAGGAGAUGAGAGCAAUUAUGUCAGAAAAUGGCGUUGAAGAUAUACCUCCCCUGACAGCCCUCAAAAGCACCAUUAUUGAGGCAUAUAAGAAAAACAUUCACGAUAGAAUAGACAGCAUCAAAUCAAAUUUCAGUGAGGAAAAUAUCUUCCAGGGACGGAAAGGAGAGUCAAGACCAGAGGACAACAUCCUCAGCCCAAGCUUUAGCGCAGGAGAUAAAAAAGAUAAGAGCUUUGAUUCCGAAAAUGGUAAUUUAAGGGACAUACCAAAGCCAAGUGGGGGUUUUGCUAAAAAGAGUCUGGUGGAAGAGUCGUCUGAGAUCAACUCGACGGCAUUCAACAAGAAAUCUAAGGCGUCUUUUAUUGCCAUUCCAAAAAGAAGAGAGGCUGAAGAAAGUACUAUUACAAACCAGAACAACGCCAUGAAUCACGACGAAUAG